AUGGCGUCGGACGAGGAACGCGGGAGUAGGCCUAGCCGAAGGCGCUACGAUGACGAGGACAAUGAACCCAGAGGCAAGGACAGAGACACCGACCGUCGAUCAAAGCACUCAGACCGCGAUUCCGGACGCCGAGAACGGCGCCGAUCACGCGACAGACGCGACAGGAGACGAUCCAGGACCCCAGAAUCAUCCUCACGACCAAGGUCAAGAAGCCGAGAUCGGGAUCGUGAUAGGAAUAGAGAACACAGACGUCGAAGAUCACGCGAAGACAAAAGUUCAAGACGAAGACCACGCGACGAAGAUGACGAAAAAAACGACAAACGGAUCGCAAAGCGUAGCCCUGUGAGACGGGGUGGCCCCUUACCUUCCCAGGCAGACUCUUUCGCUGUUACCACCGGUGAGGAGCCCGAGAAACCAAAGGAGAAACCCAACUUCGGCAGCACCGGUGUCUUGGCCGCAGCGUCCAACUCGGUCGCACAAGCAGAUGGCACGACCAUUACCCUCAAGUACCACGAACCCGCCGAGGCACGUAAGCCUUCACCACGCGACGUUUGGAAGCUCUUCAUCUUCAAAGGCCAAGACAUUGUCGACACGAUAGAGCUGAGCGCGAGGAGCUGCUGGCUUGUCGGACGAGAGAUGUCAGUCGUUGAUCUACCGGCGGAGCACCCGAGUAUCAGCAAGCAACAUGCAGUGAUCCAGUUCCGUUAUGUUGAGAAGAGGAACGAGUUUGGCGAUAAGAUUGGGAAAGUCAAGCCUUAUCUUAUUGAUCUUGAAAGCGCCAAUGGAACAAAGCUGAAUGAUAGCAAGAUUCCAGACAGCAGAUAUUUGGAGCUGAGAGAUAAGGAUAUGGUUCAGUUUGGACACAGCACAAGGGAGUAUGUCAUCAUGCUUGCACCAAGGGACUGA